AUGUUCGCCAUGAUUACAUGGUUGCUUCUUUUGGCAGUGGCGGUAGCGGCCUUCCUUGAUGUUGAAGAUGAUUUCGAAAACAAUGCAACUGCCAAAGUCUUACCAAACCGGAUGGUUGAUGAUGGAGUUUUCCAGCUAGGAGUGACUAAAGUUGCGGGAGUUCCAAAUGUUCGAAAACGACAAUCCAAGUCAAAUUUGGCCAACCCUUACAUUGGAGAUAUUUAUAUGAUCACCGUACAGAUUGGAUAUCCUCCGCAGUCUAUAACCCUCAGUAUCGAUACAGGGAGCAGUGAUGUUUGGGUGAAUCCACAGUGCGCUACCUCGGGGUGGGCGUCAUUUUGCUCCAGUUACCCUCAGUACGAUCCUACGAAAUCUACCUCUUUCGUACCGUUGAGUCAAGCUUUGAAUAUAGCAUAUGGUAUCGGUGCAGUCACUGGAGCUUAUGCCACAGACAAUUUUAUGAUGGGAUCAGGUCCGACCCUUAAAAAACUCCAAUUUGGUGUUGCAUCAGGCAGUAAUCGAAUGUUUACGGGUAUAAUGGGUGUAUCCUGGGGGCUUGGUCUUGGAACUGGUUAUUACAAUAUUAUUGAUCAACUUGCCUUGCAAGGUCUGACAAAAACUCGUGCAUUUGCUAUAGACUUGGGCAAUGUCGAUACAGCUUCAGGCUCCAUUAUCUUUGGCGGUCUCGAUACAAAAAAGUACUAUGGCUCACUGAUAAAAAAUCCAAUUAUACCAUUUUAUCAAAGUCCUGAUGGGUAUCCAAGAUAUUGGAUCAAUAUGACGUACUUUGGUAUUACAUUUCCAGGCCAACUACCAACGAAUUUGACAUCUCCCGGUUAUGCGAAACCCGUCAUUAUUGACUCCGGAAGUACAUUGAGUUAUUUACCACCUUCACUUGUCAACGCCAUGCUCCCUUAUUUUCCAGGAUGGGUCAGUAAAGGAGGUGGCCUCUACACUAUUCCUUGUAGCUUCAAAAAUAUCGCAGGGACGAUGGAUUUUGGAUUCGCAGGGCAAAUUAUUCGGAUCCAAUUAGCUCAGUUCAUAUGGUUUAAUGGUGCUACAUGCUAUGGGCCCAUUGCCAAUGCUGCCGAAAAGACGGAUGUGAUUUUAGGAGAUACCUUCAUGAGAGGUGCUUAUGUGGUGUUUGAUCAGGACAACGCAAAUGUUCAUAUUGCGCAGGCUGCGAGUUGCGGAUCAAAUGUUAUUCCAAUUACUUCGGGUACCGAUGGAGUUCCUUCAAUGACAGGAGGUUGCCCGAGUCCAGCAUUUUCUUAUGGAACAUCAUCUUACACGGUCUAUCCAACUCCUUCAGUGGGAAUCUUGUCUUCUUCACCCAGAUCUUCUUCAUCAACUCUUUCUUCAAGAAGUUCCACAACCUCGUCUGCCUCCCUUCCUGCAUUGAUAAUUACUUCAACGACGUCCCCUCUCGCCACUUCAACAACUAGAACUUCUACAACUUCAUCAUCUACGUCGACGGUUAGAUUAUCUACCUCCCCAUCCCCCUCUUUAUUCUCUACAUCAACAGGUAGAGUUUCUACCCUUCCAAUUUCCUCUUCAUCGAGAACCACUUCAGUCAACUCUUCCCCCACAAUAUUUACAACGAGAUCCUCUACCCUUUUAUCCUCUUCUUCGUCUUCUACGUCAACAGCUAGAACUUCCACCGCCCUGUUAUUGAUAAGCACUUCGACGAGCUCUUCCCUCGCAUUAGUAAUAACGAAAUCUUCGACCCCUUCGACUUCUACAUCGACUACUAAAUCUUCUUCAUCGUCGCGGAUACCUGCUCUGAUUGGCUCUACGACUUCGUCCACGACAUCCACCAGACCUUCUUCGCUUUCUUCCUCUCGAGUUUCAUCUUCAUCUAUAUCCUGUGGCAUAGGUUGUGGACCGACGACCACUGUUUAUAUUACCGUUACGAAGUCGGUCUAACAAUGAGGCCAGUGUUCAAUUUAUUUCAUUUCAGUUCUGGAUUGGAUAUGUAAGGAUGGCCAGGUAUAAUGCAUCAUGAAUAGAUUCGUUGUGAUGCGAUUGGGC